GCUGAGUGCAUACGAACGUCGUGGUUGAGAUUGGUUUGUUGGAGUCAUUGUCAAAUGCUGCCCUGUCUGAUAUCGAAAAUUAUAACGACAUACAACCGUAAAAUUUGAGCAAUUAAUCACGUACGUGCUUAUAAGGACUUGUAUUACGUCUGCGAUAGAGAAAGAGAGUGAGAGAGAGAGACAGAGAGAGGAGGAAAACGUGCAGCGCCUGCAAUCUUUUAGCUCUUCAUUUUGGCUGAGUCAAGAAAUCUAGCGAGGAAAAGUGCAACGUGAUCGAAAUGGAAUUUCCAAAUUUGGGAGAACAUUGCUCUGAGAGCACAUGCAACCGCUUGGAUUUUUUACCUCUGAAGUGCGACGCUUGUCAAGAAAUCUUUUGCACAGAUCAUAUAACUUAUACAAGUCACAGCUGCCCCAGUGCAUACAAAAAAGAUACACAGGUGCCUGUGUGUCCAUUAUGCGAUGUUCCUAUACCAAUUAAGCGUGGCGAUCUGCCCGAUGUGGCUGUAGGAUUGCAUAUAGAUAACGACUGUAGGGAAAGCCGUAGAAAGGUAUUCUCUAACAAGUGUUCUUCAAAGGGGUGCAAAGUCAAAGAGAUGGUGCCGGUAAAAUGUAACGAAUGUGGUGCCAAUUUUUGCCUCAAGCACAGACACCCCACUGAUCACGCUUGUAUCGGAGCGGAGGAAGCGUUGAGACUACGUAGGUUGGAGGCACUAAACAAGAAAGGUCAAACGACAAUAUUACCAAAUAACAGUAACAGUAAUUCCCAUCCGUUCCGAAGCCUUCAAGGAACGAUGACCGAAGAUGAAGCAUUAGCUAGAGCUCUUCAAGCUUCCUUAGACGAUGAAGAGAGAAACAGACGUAUGUUACAACCAGUGCCUUCUGGAAACCGAGAUAGGUGUAGACUUUCGUAACUAUCUACAUAUUAUUUUA